AUGGGCUCCGUUUACCUGUGGAAGCUGUCCUCCCAGAAGCUGGGCUUCUUCCUGGUCAGCUUCGGCUUCAUCUGGGGCAUGAUGCUGUUGCACUUCACCAUCCAGCAGCGCUCGCAGCACGAGAACAGUGCUGCCCUGCGCCAGCAGAUCCUGGAGCUCAGCAAGCGCUACGUCAAGGCACUGGCUGAGGAGAACCGUGACGUGAUGGAUGGGCCCUACGUGGGCACCAUGACUGCCUACGACCUAAAGAAGACGCUGGCCGUGCUUCUGGACAACAUCCUGUUGAGGCUGGGGAAGCUGGAGUCCAAGGUGGAUGUGGUCAUCUUCAACGCAACGGGCAACCUCACCAAUGGGACGGCAACCGGGGCCACAGCCUCCAGCACAGGCAAUGCUGACAAGGUCAACGUGGCAGACCUUUUGAAUGGGGCCCAGGAGAAGUGUGAACUGCCUCCCCUGGAUGGCUUCCCCCAUUGCGAGGGCAAGCUGAAGUGGAUGAAGGACAUGUGGCGCUCUGACCCUUGCUACAGCAACUAUGGUGUGGAUGGCUCAACGUGUUCCUUCUUCAUCUACCUCAGCGAGGUGGAAAACUGGUGUCCACGAUUGUCCUGGAGGUUGAAGCGUUUCAAUGAGGAAGAUAGCAAAAGCUUGAUCGAGAUCCGGACCAGUUUCGACGAUCUGUACCGGAUGAUGUCGCACCGGGAGGAGUUCCGCUGGAUGAUGAUACGGAUCCGCCGCAUGGCCGAGGCAUGGGUCGACGCCAUCAGAUCACUGGCUGAGAAGCAGGACCUGACUAAACGCCGGCGCAAGAAGAUCCUGGUUCACCUGGGUCUACUCACCAAAGAGUCGGGCUUCAAGAUCGCAGAGAACGCCUUUAGCGGUGGCCCCCUGGGUGAGCUGGUGCAGUGGAGUGAUGUCAUCACCACCCUGUAUCUGCUGGGCCACGACCUGCGCAUUUCCGCAUCUCUGGCCGAGCUCAAAGAGAUCAUGAAGAAGGUGAUGGGGAACAAGUCCAGCUGCCCCACACAGGGAGACAAAGUGGUGGAGCUCAUCUACAUCGAUAUUGUGGGCCUCACCCAGUUCAAGAAGACUCUGGGACCAUCCUGGGUACACUACCAGUGCAUGCUGCGAGUGCUGGAUUCCUUCGGCACCGAACCCGAGUUCAACCACGCCCACUACGCACAAUCAAAGGGCCACAAGACCCCAUGGGGCAAAUGGAACCUUAACCCCCAGCAGUUCAAUACCAUGUUCCCUCACACCCCCGACAACACCUUCCUGGGUUUUGUGGUGGAGCAGCACCUGAACGCCAGCGAUAUACGACACAUCGAUGACAUCAAGAGGCAGAACCAGUCCCUGGUCUAUGGGAAAGUGGACAACUUCUGGAAGGACAAGAAGGCAUACUUGGACAUCAUCCACAGCUACAUGGAGGUUCACGGCACGGUCCACGGCACCAGCACCGUCCACCUGCCCACCUACGUGAAGAACCACGGCAUCCUGAGCGGCCGUGACCUGCAGUUCCUGCUCAGGGAGACCAAGCUCUUCGUGGGCCUGUCCUUCCCCUACGAGGGUCCCGCACCCCUGGAGGCCAUCGCCAAUGGCUGCGCCUUCCUCAACCCCAAGUUCAACACCCCCAAGAGCAGCAAGAACACGGAAUUCUUCAAGGGCAAGCCCACAUUCCGCGAGCUGACCUCCCAGCACCCCUAUGCGGAGGUCUACAUCAGUCGGCCUCAUGUGUGGACGGUCGACAUCGAGAACCCAGCCGAGGUGGAGAGCGCCAUCCGGUCCAUCCUCAGCCAGAAGAUCGAGCCAUACCUGCCCUAUGAGUUCACCUGUGAGGGGAUGCUGCAGAGGGUCAAUGCUUUCAUCGAGAACCAGGACUUCUGCCAUGGACAGGUGAUGUGGCCCCCACUGAGCGCGCUCCAGGUGAAGCUGGCCGGGCCGGGCAAGUCCUGCAAGCAGGUGUGUCAGGAGGCGGAGCUGAUCUGCGAGCCGUCCUUCUUCCAGCACCUGAACAAGAACACAGAGCUGGCCAGGUUUGGGGUGGACUGUCAGACAGUGGAGUCGCUGGACGACAUAGUGGUGCCAGCCUACAACAAAGAGCAACGCCAUUGCGUCUUCCAGUCGGACCUUCUGCUGUUCAGCUGCGCGGGUGCCCAUCCGUCGCUCACGCGCAUCUGCCCCUGCCGGGACUACAUGAAGGGCCAGGUGGCGCUCUGCCAGGGCUGCCUAUAGUUGCAUGCUGGCUGCAGCCUAGCUUGGGGGAGCUCCCUUGAAUCCUGCGCAUAUUUUCAGCAGCUUGCUGACCUUUAUCAUUUCUCCGUCUCACCAUCUCGAUGGCAGAAGAAUACGGCAAUGAGCCAAAGUGGGUGGCUAGCCGGAAGGAGUGCCGCUGGAGCUCAGAAGAGAAGCUCAGGUGAAGCAAACUCCACUCAGCCUGACAUACUUGAAUAUACGCCUGCUUCUGUGCAAGAGAAAGAAUGAGAGUGGCCCUCUAUACUGCCCUCUGGCGUUCGAUGGUAGUACUACAGGGAUUUUUCUCCAUCUGUUCCAAGACCAUGGGACCAGCUGCCGGAGCAGAACCAUAACUAUGCCGAACACAGCUGCUUGCACAGGUUUGUUGGGAUGGACCUGUGUUUCUCAGAAGGCAUGGCUACUCCAAUUACUACACUGUAAACGGUGCCUGUCUCUGGCCCUCAAGAUCCGAAUUGGGCGACUUGGCCGGAGCGAUUGGUGCCAGCGCUGUAAUGCAUUUGUGCUUUUACUGACUUGGAGAAAAAUGGAUCCCCGCUGAAAGGCACAAGAGCUUCUAUAGGGGAGUGGGACACUCUGUGCGAUUUGCUCUGCCUGAUAGAACUGCCGCUGGUUUCCUGUUUGCACAGGAAAUCCAGCCAAUCAUAGUUUAAAAAGCAGUUAACAUACCGAAUAUGACCAAUGUCAUACAAGAUUUUACCAGAGGCGAUUUUAAAGUCAUACUGAUUACCGUAUUAAUCAGUAACAAUAGAUGCACAUACAUGACAACUUGUGUAUGAAUGUAUAAUUAUUCAGAGUAAUUUUAGAUCACAUUGAUUGCCCCCUUUUUUAUUUUGGAUCGUUUUGUCAUUGUUUUAUUUCUGCUUGCCAGUUUUAGGUAAAAUACCUUUAAAGAGAAACAAAUGUUUUUAGGUGCACUAUAUUAUUGAAAUGAAAAUAUGAGUAUGAUAAUGUAUAUUAUUCAUAAUGGGUUUUAAAUUCUUUUUUAUUUAUUUUGUAUACAAAUCUUUAUUGAUGUUUGCAGAAAAAAAAUCUUUAAUUUAUAAAUAAGGGAUUCCUUUUCUUUUUUAUGAUAAUAUUUAACGGACGGAGCGUGGUCAGAUACACACGUAGGGUGGUCUCUGGUGUUCAGUGAUUCUAAGGGGCCCUACAGUUUGAGGGAGACCUUUCUGUUUGGGAUUGCUCUCCAGUGUACAGCAUGCGGGUACGCACAGUACUCCAGUGAAGGGGUGGCUCUCUGGGGGCGGUGCCCCAGCCCCCAGUUGGCCAUCUGUAAAUUCCACGCCCCCGUGAUCUUACCAAGGAGCCGACACCCCCGGCCACCUUGUGCCUUUCAGGUCCCAGUAAGCUUGCUUGUUGUUUCGCCUGCUGAAAGGGGUUCAGGAGUCCAGUUGUGUCAAGGUGGUGUUCGAAAAACUAUAAUAUAUAAAAGAUACAUCCUCUGGAGUGAUUUUAGAUACAAUCUAAUUGUGAAAGGAACUGUUUUUAAAGUGAUGUGUGUCAGACAAUAUGGCCCACAGAUAUGAGAGGAGUUUUUUGAAAAAUAUCAGUGAUUUAGGGAAGAAAACAAGCGUCUCAGAGCUGUGAACUGAAAGACUAGCUGACAGCUCAUGUGUGAAUGUCAUCCUCGAACCCUCACCUUCAGAUUAUCACGUGGCACUUAUGCCUUAUUUAUUUAUUUAUUGGUAACUAUACAGUAUGACCACAGUGCAAAUGUAUAGCCUUUAGUCUAAUGUGUACCUCGACAGAAGGGAGAAGGGCCUCUGAAAAGCGUCCCUCCUCUCUGCGUUAGAUGUUACCUUUUGAAAUUAAGACUUUAUGAAUGGUUCUGUGCAACUGAGUUUCUGUUCAAACUAUUGUUACAAGAAAUUUACACGCAGGUGCUUAAAGUGCGUUUAAAUACAGCUAACAGUCUGUUCAAGCAAACAGGAUCAGGUUCAUACUACUUUCUCUCUCUCGCGCUCCUCCCUUGGUUUUAGUGUUGCCUUCUUUAUUUCAGCAGGCUGGACCUUGGCGUUUGCUUGGUUGAAUAAACCUUCGGAUGAUGAACAGAAGCGUAUGAGUUUAUUUCAUCCAGCUUGCGUAGGGACUGACAGGGAGUUGCGCAUUAUUAUAACGUGCUGUUAGCUGCGACAUUCAGGUGCCAUCGCAGGCCCUCUGCCAACUGUCACGCAUUUUCUUCAUUACAACAUUUGCAUUUUAUGUAGUUUGUUAGCUGGUUCAGGAAUCUGCAGAAAUGGAUGAUUAUUCCAGAGAUGGUGUAUGAUGAGAUGCAAAUACAGAAAAGACAACUUGUUUUCACUGUUUUUGAUGAAUAAGCAGGAUAAAACUUUAUUUUUAAUAAACCUUUUUCUGUGACAGUC